AUGGACACCUCCCCCAUCUCCCUCCUCCCAAGAGAACUCCGAGACAUCAUCUACGAAUACGUCUUCACCACUCCCUACGCCGUGACCCUCCAAUCGCAACACAUCGAACAUCCGUUAACCAAGACAUGCUCCCAACUCCGUCGAGAAACACUUCUCAUGUACUUCUCCCUCACACGCUUCAACGCCCAUCUCGACGACGGACCCCCGACGCCGCUGGCCAGGUGGUUGAAGACGAUUGGGCCGGAGUUGGCGUUGCGCGUGGAGGAGAUAAACGUUUGGGAUCUCCACGACCGCAACGCCACCCUCUACGGCGCCGCCGCAACAGCCCGCCUUCUGCAACACGGCAACCUCCCCUCUGGCAGACGCUAUAUUCUGCAGCCCCUAGGCGAUCGAACCCUCAACGGCCUUGUCCCAGGUCUUCACGAAAUCGGCCUCAGUAUCCUGCGGUUCUGUGUCUUGGCUGACGAGGCUGGAGAAGGGGCACAGGUGGAGGAGACGAGUGAGUUUGCGAUUGUGAGGCUGAAUCCUCCAGUGGAUACUGCGAGAGGAGAUGUAGAUGAGCGGGUUUGA